AGCCUUUUCCAUCCAACUCAACUGUGAAAAGCAAUAACCUCUGACAAGUACUUACCGAUAUAUACUACUAUGAUGGCUAUUCGUUUGCCAAGUGCCUUGAGUGCUAGACACAUUCUUCGCCGGUCUAAUGCAGCUGCAACAUCACUGGAUGUGCCUAAAGGGUGCUUUGCUGUGUAUGUAGGAGAAGGUGAAAAGAAGAGAUUUGUUAUACCAGUGUCAUUGUUGAAUCAGCCUUCAUUUCAAGAACUGCUAAGUAUAGCCGAGCAAGAAUUUGGCUUCACUCAUCCAAUGGGUGGCCUUACUAUUCCCUGCAAAGAAGACAUUUUUGUUAACAUCACCUCUGGCUUACAUAUAUAGGCUAUGACAUGAUGCAGCCAAAGUAAAUCUGAAGACUUUUUUUGGUUGCAUAGUUUUUGCCUUUCAACAUGGGGUUGUGAAAAGUUGACCCAUGCAGAAAGGUUUACUAUGUAGUUGAAUUUUCAGAUUAUGUUGGAAGUGUAUCAUAGGCAAAGAACAUAAAGGGAUAAAAAACAUUACUAUAUUUCAUGUUGUUCAUUAAUUUUUUUUUCCUCUUCUUUUAGUUCUUUCUGUGAGAACUUGAAGGCGAUCUUUCACUGCUGAUAAUUAUCUAGGUACUAAUCUGGGUUUAGGUACCACUUGUACCUAGAUUACUGAUAAUAAAAAAAUAGGUACUGAUCUGGAAUUGAAAGUAACUUUGAUGGCCU